AUCGAAUGCGUUGCGUUUUAUAGCAAAAGAGCAAAGGCUAAACAAAUAAAAACUCCUGGACUCAAAAACUCAGUGGAGUCGUGGUAACAUCAUCCAUGGAAGCAACAACAGCAGCCUCUAUCCUCUUCUCUCACCUCCACACUUCACCACCUUCUCUUUCUCUCUCUAAAUUUCCAUUCUCUGUUAAAUCUUCACCUUCUCUAUUUCAUCUUCGCAUUUCCAAUGCUACCCUUUCGUUCCCAUUCAAAUUAUCCCUCUACCCUUCCAACAUCCCUUUUAUCAGGCCAAAUUAUGAACUACGAGCUUCGGUUGAGUCUGUUGAGGGAGUGGCAUUAGAGGAAAUUCACAAUGAAAACGAUGAUAAAGCUGCAAAGAGGAAAUUAUAUGUAGUUAAUUUGCCAUUUUCUCUCUCUCCUGAUGAUUUGAAGAAGAUUUUCAGUGAGUGUGGGAUUGUUAAGGAUGUUGAGCUAAUUAGGGAUAAAGAUGGGAAGAACCGAGGAUUUGGUUUUGUUACAAUGGCUUCUGGAGAUGAUGCUCAGGCUGUUAUUGAUAAAUUUCACUCCAAGGAAUUGUCAGGAAGGGCUAUCAGGGUGGAGUUUGCAAGGAGAUUAAAGAAGCCUCGACCUCAGCCUCCUAGUGUUCCUGCUGUUAAAGAGACGCGUCAUAAACUUUAUGUAUCCAAUCUACAGUGGAAAGCAAGAUCCACCCACCUCAGAGAAUUCUUUUCAUCCAGUUUCACUCCUGUUUCAGCUAGGGUCAUAUUUGAGAGUAGUCCAUCAGGAAGAUCUGCUGGAUACGGCUUUGUCUCAUUUAGCACAAGGGAAGAAGCAGAGGCUGCUAUCUCUAAUUUUGAUGGGAAGGAACUUUUGGGUCGUCCAGUACGCUUAAAAUUCAGUGAGCAGAAUAGUGAAGGUGAAACAACAAAUGGAGGGGAAGAAAAUGAUAACAUAGAUGAAUCUACAGGCGUGCUCGGUGAGAAAGAUAACUUAGGAAACUCUACAGGUGUGCCUGAUGAGAAAGAAGCUUCUGAAGAUCAGCCUAACGAGUCAUAGAAGAAGAAAAGUUUUAUCUUUCGGGGAUACUUAUUGACAACUGUGGGAAAGGACCUUUUUUUGUUCAAUAUUGAGGAUGCAGUCUUGGUCUCUGAAAACCGGUGUGUACAUUUUUGCUCCAUUCCUUUAUUUUUCUCACAUAUCUGUGCAAUCACUGUUCUGCCUAAUAUUUGAUUUAUACGUGUUAAGUAAACCUAGCUUAGAACUUUUAAUUGUAUCGUCUAAACUCGUCAUAGGUAUACAAGAAGCGUAUAACUCCAUGAAUGCAGACUUGUCGCAAAAAACAUAGUUAUUCUCUGUUGUAUCCUUAUUCCUUCAUAUGAGGCAGUACGUGUUAGUCCUCUUGUAGAGAUUGUACAAUGUAUUAUUCUCAAUAAACGAUUCCACUUCAGUAUAUGUUUAUUGUAUCGCAAAGGACUUUAGUUCUCAACCAUAGGGAUGCCA